AUGGAAAUAUACAAAAUCACUUCACCCAAAGAAUGGUCAUAUUUUGCUAAUGGGUCAGCCAAUAUUUUGUUCAAAUACACUGGAACUAAUGACUACUUAACCCACAAAUUAUUACGACUACGUUUACUCAAAGAGGACGAAGAAUACAUUAGUACUUGCGAAUUGUAUGACUUUAUUGAAUUAAAGUGUAAACACUUAUUUCCUAAACAAAUUAUUGAUAUUCAAUUGAUUGUAUUAACUUCAGAAUUUGUUCGAGGUUUAGAUAGUGCUGGUUUCAAACUACAGUUGAAUGAACGAUACGGUUUAUUAAUUCCAAAUAUAUUGGAUGGUAAUUAUACCAAGAUUGCUUUACUGAAACAUUGCCAACUAUACUUGGGAAGUGAUGACAACAACACUGCUGGAGGUACGCAUGCUGCAAACCAACUACAACAACAGCCACAACAAGUACAACCACAACGAUUACAACAACAACCACAACUGACGCAAAGUCGUCAGACAUCCACCAAUGUCAAUGAUUACACCUCAUUAACCCAGGAUAUCAAUCCGCUAAACUCCGGUCAGGACUUACAACAACAACAACAACAACAACAACAAAAACAACCUCACUUCAACAACAAUAUCAUUCCAGGUGGCCAACUGAUGAAUGGUAAAUUCACUGCUGCUCCCUUAACUUCAGAAAGCACCAUCAACUCCAUCAUAUUUGAAAUCAAACCUAAAUGGCUAUACGACAAUAAAUCGGCAAACUAUUGUCGCACUUGCUCACUAAAUCAACUUCACAAGGUUCAAAGACACUUUUGUCCUCUUGAUUUACUAUAUCCAAACACAAUAGACCAAGGAAUCGAUGACAUUUUUUCCAGAAUCCCCCCAGAUAUUAUUAACUUAAUUGAAGUGCAAAACAAUUUUCCACUAAAACAAUUGUUUCGUCAAUUCCUAUCCAAUCCGGAUCAUAAUGUUUUUGCCAAGUUGAAACAAUACCAAAAGAUCAACAACAAAAAUGACUUGAUUGAGAAUUUAACUUCGUCGCUGGAUGUCUCACAAAACUUGUCAUUAGUAAUGACUUUACGUGAUGUGGGAUUAUUUAUAAAGUUUGAAAAGUAUGACAAGAAUAACAACAUUCACAAUUCUCACAACAACAUAAAUAACUUGAUAACUUUGCCACCAUUAGCAUUUUCACCACCACAACCGCCGUCACAGCUGACCCAAAUCAAUGGAUCAGCAUCAAUACCAGUCUCUGGAUCAUCACAUAAUCAUCAGGAUCAAGACCAAUACCAAACCCAAAGCCCUGCGCAAGACCAAAGCAAACAGGGCCAAAAAUAUCUCGUGACAUGCAACAUAUACGAUUUGGAUUUGAAGAGUAGAAUGAAAUACAAGUACUGGCUACAGGUUGAGCAUGAAUUGCAAGGGAUCUACAAUCUGAAUAAUCCAAGCUGGAGACAUUGUUGUAAAUAUGGCGAUCAAAAUAAUUGA